AGCGAACAGACGUGUUCGGGGGCUCGCCACCCGGCAAUCCUGGGAGACGUCCCAGGAUCAGGGGAGGACCAGGGACGCCUGGUGGACCCCUUGGCAGAGGAUUAUUGUGUUUUGGUCUCACCGCGUCUCGGGAGGCGCGCUCUGCCAUCGGACUCUUUCUUCUAUUUCUACGGCACUCGGUCUCGUCGCCGUUUCUGGUUUCUUUUUGUCUUAGUUGUGAUAGGUCUUUGCGUCGUCGUUCCCCUAUUGGAAAUUUUCGAGAUGGGGCAAGGUGCCCUUACGCCUCUCUCCCUUACUCUAGAUCAUUGGAAAGAUGUCAAAACCAGGGCUCACAAUCUGUCCAUGGAGAUCAAAAAAGGAAAAUGGCAGACUUUCUGUUCGUCUGAGUGGCCCACAUUCGGCGUAGGUUGGCCGCCAGAGGGAACCUUUGACCUUUCUGUCAUUUUUGCAGUUAAAAAGAUUGUUUUCCAGGAGAUCGGAGGACACCCGGACCAGGUUGCAUAUGUCGUGGUAUGGCAAGACCUCGCCCAGAAUCCCCCUCCCUGGGUGCCACCCUCCAGCAAAGUCGCUGUCGUUUCGGGACCAGAAAAUACUCAAGGGCCACCUACAAGGAAGCCUUCUGCCCCUCCCCGACCCUCCGUCUACCCGACACCAGAUGACCUAUUCUCCCUCUCUGAACCCCCACCUUACCCGGCGGCUCCGCUGCCCCCUCUGGCCCCUCAACCAAACAGAUCGGCACCAGGACGAGCACCCAGUGACCCCAACCCUGAGGGACCGGCUGCGGGGACUAGGAGCCGCCAACCUCGCAGUCCGAGAGGCGACUCGGGUCCUGACUCCACCGUAGCUUUGCCCCUCCGAGCCAUAGGGCCCCCAGCCGAGCCAAAUGGCUUGGUCCCUUUGCAGUAUUGGCCUUUUUCCUCAGCAGAUCUUUACAAUUGGAAGUCUAACCAUCCUUCUUUUUCUGAAAAACCAGCAGGUCUCACGGGACUUCUUGAGUCCCUUAUGUUCUCUCACCAGCCCACUUGGGACGAUUGCCAACAGCUACUCCAGAUCCUCUUCACCACUGAAGAGCGAGAAAGGAUUCUUCUGGAGGCCCGCAAGAACGAAAUGAAGAACAGGUUGCACAAGCACAGCGUACAACAGGAGGCUCGGAGACAGCAGCUAUCUAUUUCCUCGUAG